CAAAGAUAUUGUAUAGCGCCCUCUAUAGGCUUAGUCGUUCGAGUAAAUUGGCGCGGCGUGCUAGGCACAAUAGAGUCGAGUCCAAAGAUAAUUUCCUCUUAAUUUAUUUACAAAAUGACAGAAAAGGAAGGAGCUUUUGACGAUGCGGUUGAAGAGAGGGUGAUCAAUGAAGAAUAUAAAAUAUGGAAAAAGAACACGCCCUUCCUAUAUGACCUUGUAAUGACCCAUGCAUUGGAGUGGCCAAGCCUAACCGCUCAGUGGCUACCAGAGAUUACAAAGCCUGAAGGUAAAGAUUAUACAGUCCAUCGCCUUGUACUAGGAACACACACAUCUGAUGAACAGAAUCAUCUUGUGAUUGCCAGCGUACAACUACCCAAUGACGAUGCCCAGUUUGACGCUUCCCAUUAUGACAGUGAAAAAGGAGAAUUUGGUGGUUUUGGAUCUGUGAGUGGAAAAAUAGAAAUUGAUAUCAAGAUAAACCAUGAGGGUGAAGUUAACAGAGCACGAUUCAUGCCACAGAAUCCUUGCACUAUAGCAACCAAGACGCCCUCUAGUGAUGUCCUUGUGUUUGACUUUACGAAACACCCUUCAAAACCAGAUCCGAAUGGUGAAUGUCAGCCUAACAUUAGACUGAGGGGUCAUUCCAAGGAGGGGUACGGUCUCUCAUGGAAUCCCAACCUGAAUGGUCACCUGCUUAGUGCAUCUGACGAUCAUACAAUUUGCCUAUGGGAUAUCAAUGACACGCCAAAAGAAAAGAACAUUGUUGAUGCCAAAAGAAUCUUCACAGGUCAUACUGCAGUCGUUGAGGAUGUUUCAUGGCAUCUCUUACACGAGAGUCUGUUUGGAUCCGUUGCAGACGAUCAGAAGCUGAUGAUUUGGGAUACAAGAGUGCAAAACACAUCCAAGCCUAGCCAUGCUGUAGAUGCCCAUACAGCAGAGGUGAACUGCCUGUCCUUCAACCCCUACAGCGAGUUCAUUCUUGCCACUGGCUCAGCAGAUAAGACUGUCGCAUUAUGGGAUCUAAGGAACUUGAAACUGAAGCUACAUUCAUUUGAGUCACACAAAGAUGAAAUCUUCCAAGUGCAGUGGUCACCUCACAAUGAGACGAUCUUGGCUUCAAGUGGCACCGACAGACGACUUAACGUCUGGGACUUGAGCAAAAUUGGUGAAGAUCAAUCCGCAGAAGAUGCAGAAGACGGACCGCCAGAACUUCUCUUCAUCCACGGCGGACAUACUGCCAAGAUCUCAGACUUCUCUUGGAACCCCAAUGAACCGUGGGUAAUCUGCUCUGUGUCAGAGGACAAUAUAAUGCAAGUUUGGCAGAUGGCUGAAAACAUAUACAAUGAUGAAGAACCAGAUGUUGCACAAACAGAAUUGGAACCAUCCACAUCAUAAGCAGAUUAAAAAAUUGUCCUUUUUUUUUAUGUAAUUGUACAAACUUGUUUUGUCCGUAAUUUUCAGCAUAGAGACCUGUGUACACCUGUGUAGUUUUCAUGCAUAGUGUAACUCCAUUGUAGAAUAAUUAUAAAGCCUUGCUUAUCAUCAGCUGCUAAUCUGAUAUAAAAUUUUGUUAUGUACUGUCGUUAUUGUACAAGGUGCCCAAUGUAAAGACGUUUACAAUGCAUAUGUCAGUAAGAAAAUAUCAUUGUUUGAAAAGGUGAAUUUCUUUUAAAAAAAUUUAAUGACAUGAAGCAAAAAAGAAAACCCAUCUCAGUAUUUUCUGAAGUAAUUAAAUUUUUUUAAAUAAUAUUUGCUUUUUCCAAAAUGUAUUUGGUAUUUCUUAUAUAGAUUUCAAUAAGCAUAUUCUAUAUAUAAACAAUCCAAAGUGUGCAUUGCAUUCAAUAAACGUGGAAAAAUUCUUGAUCAAGGACUGUACGUCAGUUGACACUCUAGAAAUUUACUAACAGUGGGAUCAGAGACAUCUAACAGGGAGUUUGAGCCAGAGUGACCUCCAAGGGAGACAAGAGGGGCAGAGAAUUUUACUAACAGUGGGAUCAGAGACAUCUAACAGGGAGUUUAAGCCAAAGUGACCUCCAAGGGAGACAAGAGGAGCAGAGAAUGUUAUACAAUACCUGGCUGGAUUGGAUAAUUAAUGUUUUCAUUCUUAUGGCUUCAAGUUUUUUUCCACAAUGGAUGGAUGUUUUUAUAAGGUGUUUUAACACCAAGGAUAGCCCAUAAGAAGUCUGAAGAAGGCUUAUUUCCAGUGGGGUCCUUCCAAAUUAGUACAGUGUAGAAUUUUUUUUUACCCUGACCUCCAGUGACACCACAACAGCUGUAUGCUAGCAUUUCAGCUGCCAAGUUAAAACUUGUAAAUAUUUCUCGGCACUUCAAAUUAGCUCCUGGUAGGAGGGAGUGUCUGGUGCUUUCUUUAAAAUUGAUGUACCUCGUACGAGUCAUCUUACAAGUGCAACUGCAACUCCCAUUUCUAUCACAUUAUGGUGCUUAAAAAGUUGAGUUGUAUCUUGGUCAUGAGAUAUGAAAUGAUGGUUUAAAAUGAUUUGGACCCAGAACCCUGCGAUUGGAAGGCUGUUGCAUUAACUACAGUAUCAAACUUACAGCUCCACUUCAAUGUUUUGUAUUUAUCUUUAAUAAUUUGUAGCACUUUAAUGCAGGCAAUUUUACUCUUCUUGUCACUGGAUCCAUAAGCUAGCCCGGUUGCACCAAAAUGGUAAAACUCAAAAUCUUUGAUAUCCAAGGCCAUCUUCUACAAACGUGCUCAUAAUUUGAAUAAAAAAUACUGUGAAUAUCUUGAUUUGAUGUUCCUUUACUUUUGUAUAAAGAUAAA